AUGGCACACACUGCUGCAGCUCAGACUUCGCCUAUCUCCGUGCCUAAGAGGCCGAAAGGUAUCCUCAAGAACUCGAGCUCGUAUCAGCACGCCUCGCCCGACGACAGCCACAUCAGUCCAACCACCGAGCAGCCGCCAAGCUUCAACAACAAUGACGGCCAGGCGGAUAGCUCCAGCAGGCCUGGUAUGCCGGCACGGGAGCUUUCGGAGAAGGAGCUUACGCAGAUGAACACCGAGAUGAACGCAGGCAACGGACAUCGCCGCAACAGCGGCAAUCCACGAGGCAGCAUCAGCCGACGUCAGUCGUCACAGAGUGGAAACGCUGCAUCCGCCACAAACGGCCAGCAUGAGGAGGGUAGCAUGAGGCUGAAGUGGGAUGAGGCCAACCUAUAUCUCAACGAGGGCCAGAUGGGCGGCAAGAUGAAGAUUGACGAGCCCAAGACACCAUAUGCAGGCACUUACGACCCUGCCGAGGAUGAUGAUGAGAUCGCGACAAUCAACGCCGAGGAGCUGAACGUGGACGAACUCGACAUGAGCAAAGCAAAGCCUCGAGGACGGAAGACUUCUGGCUCGCGCUCCAGAGAAGGUGAGAUUCCUGGCUUGGAUCUCGGCGAGCCGGAAAUGGAUCCUCUCGUCCGACGUGAGAGCGACGGAGAGAGAAAGGUCCAUGUCGACCAGGAUCAGCCAAUGGACGACCAAGGUCACCAUGGCGAGGACGAGAACAUGACGGUCGAUGAGCGUGAGAAGCACAAGAAGUUCGAAGAGAUGCGCAAGAAGCAUUACGAGAUGAAGAACAUCAAGAACUUGCUUGGACAUUCCGAGGACCUGGAUGUGGACGACGAUGAGAAGUGA